CCUUUAUAUACGACUGAACUCCUUACAUUCCGAAUCACUCAUGAAUCAACUUAAAACUUAUUGCAUUACAUAUCAAAGCAUCUUACAUCCGUUCUCCUUUUGUUUUCUGUUUCUAUUCUAGCGCUUGAAUCAUGGAUUUGAGGAACUUUCGCUUAGAUGUUCCACUCUUAACAAUCCUGGAAGACAUGCUUGACACCCCAGAGGAGCACGAGAAGUCCCGAAACAACCCAUCUCGAGCUUACGUUCGUGAUGCAAAGGCCAUGGCUGCCACCCCAGCGGACGUGAUAGAAUUCCCAACAGCCUACACAUUCAUUGUCAACAUGCCUGGCAUCAAUCCGAGUGAGAUCAAGGUCCAGGUUGAAAAUGAGAACGUUCUAGUGGUGAGCGGGGAGCGAAAGCGUGAGAAAGAAAAAGAUGAGAAAGAAGGGGUCAAGUACGUGAGGAUGGAAAGGAGGGUUGGCAAGUUCAUGAGGAAGUUCGCAUUGCCUGAUAAUGCGAAUAUGGAGAAGAUAUCUGCAGUUUGUCAGGAUGGGGUUUUGCGAGUGACUGUGGAGAAACUGCCUCCACCUGAACCUAAAAAGCCUAAGACCAUUAAGGUCAAAGUUGCAUGUGGUUGAGUGAGAGUCAUGUUUGACUUGCUGAAAAUGUUAAAGAGAACUGUAUGUGUGUUUCUUUGAGUUUGGCUUUGGUUGUGUGGAUUUUGAAAAUCAUGAAUACAUGAAAUAAAGGUUGAAGUUUAUUCUUCUCUUAGAGCCAUUGUUUCCUGAUCUUCUUUCCCUUCUUCCGUCUGUUCUUUUUCUUUUCUUACCCUAUGUUUCCCAUGCUUAGCUCGUUAAGUACAAAUGAUUUGCCCUACAACAAUUCCCAAUUCCAGAAUGAUAUCCACUUGCUAUCAAGAAAUUACUGUUAAAACUAUAUUUUUGCCCGAGCUGGUAGAAGUUAUAUGACAUAUUAGGCAUCAACUUAAACCAUAGGCUUAACUGCUUAAGACUAUGAGUUUAUGUUGGUAUUUGAUAUUGAUUUGCAAAAUUAAACCUUGAUAUGAUAUCUUUCAGAUUAAAGCAUAUUAAGAUAAUGUUAAGAGUUUAAUCUGUAUGUUCUAAAAUCUA